AUGAACUAUGUUCGUUCAAAAACUCCAAUUAAACCAUUCAUGCGCCCUAAUAAUCUCGGUGCUUGUUAUAUACCUUUUAAAAACAAAUCUAAACCACAACCUCGGCAACCAGCAACGUUGACCGAGAAGGAGAAGAAAGAAGCAUUAGAUAUGAUAAGACAAAUAGAUAGUAAGAUUAGAAAAAAAAAAAUUCAAUAUCACAAAAUUAAUCUUUCUGAAGAAGACAAAAAACAAAUAAGGAUUAAAUUACAUAUGUUAGAUCAGAUGUACAAAAAAGUUGACGAAAUAUUACCGUACUUUUGGCAUUUUACAAAAUCAAGUAAAGGAACACAUCACCUAUUGGGUAUGAAAUACAUAAUAGAAGAUCAAUUUAAAGCUUUAUCCUUUGGAAAAUAUCUACUUAAAUUGAACUUUGUUGAAAAUUUAUACCAACAAUUUCGUAAAUAUUUUGUUUUCGUGGGAUGCCGUAAAAGAGGUGUUGAAGAUACUUCUGGAUUAAUGGAUUUUCAUCUUUUUGUCACCCCACAACAACCUCAACAACCUCUACCACCUCAACCAAACGUAAACAGUCUUUUUAUGCCACCAAUAAAUCCAUCAGAUUUGAAGUUUUCAAUAUUGUCGAACCCACAUGCUUUUCCUAGUACUUAUGGUAGCUUAUUUGUCCCCAUAAAAAAGCAUCAAUCAUCAGUUGACCAAGAUGUACCGCGAACGAUUAAAAGGCGGCGAACCAAAUCCAAUAGUACUGGCAACACAGCUGAUAGCACGCAAAAUAUUUCAACAGAAGUAUUGGCAAAUAAUACCGCUAAUCAAAGCAAUCCUAUCUAA